GAGUUCGGUUUUAUUAGACAACUGCGCUGCAGGAAAGGAACUGUCUGCAGAGGCAGGCUCCUAACCAAACCAACCCGGUAUCGGUAUUAGACGAAAAGGACUUUGUUCACAGACAAGGAGCAGGGGACACUAAACCGUCUGCACACAAUUGUUUUGUAUUAUUGUUUGUUAAGGUAAAAUAUCCGAGACACAGAAAACAAUAUCAGACUGUGAAUUGUAAAAGUGUAGCUUCAAGAUACGAGGUAAAAAAUAAAUAAACACAUAAAUAAAUAAAUAUAAAUAAAUAAUAGAAAAGAAACAUCACUGGACAGCCUUUUACAGCUUGCGACAAGAAACCAAACAGAUUGGAUUGCACGUUGGAUUUGAAAUAUGAUUGCUGAAGAACUGAUGCUUGCGCUCGUGCAGCUCUGGGGUUAAAAUUGAGCGAGGUGGGAUGUUGGAUUUAUUUACUUGAGAGAAAAUGCAAUUACGUUGAUUUUAUUAAAAACAAAACACGUUAGUGUGAAGUUGGUGGAUAUUACGAUGUAAACACGGUGUGUUUUGACUCUCCAGCUGUACAUGUAGUUAAUUAAUGAAUUACCUUCCAAUCACAACUGACUGGUAAAAAUGGAAAACAAGUCCAAUUGAUUCUUUCCCCCUAAAGCUGUUUUUUCCCCCAGCUUGAGUAUUGUUUGUAACACUUUAAAACACCAGAAUAAGAAAAUGGGGAACAGUUUUUCCAACAUGUCUGCCUUCCAGUCGCUUCACAUCGUCAUGUUGGGCUUGGACUCCGCCGGCAAGACCACUGUAUUGUACCGGCUGAAAUUCAACGAGUUUGUCAACACCGUGCCCACCAUAGGGUUCAACACGGAGAAGAUAAAACUCAGCAACGGCACCGCCAAGGGCAUCAGCUGCCACUUUUGGGAUGUCGGGGGGCAGGAGAAACUGCGGCCGCUUUGGAAGUCCUACAGCCGGUGUACUGAUGGAAUUAUCUACGUGGUGGAUUCGGUCGAUGUAGACCGGCUGGAGGAGGCAAAAACUGAGCUGCACAAAGUCACCAAGUUUACAGAGAACCAGGGCACGCCGUUGUUGGUGAUAGCCAACAAGCAGGACUUGCCCAAGUCGCUACCAGUGGCGGACAUUGAAAAGCAGCUGGCGCUUCACGAGCUCUGCCCCUCCAUCGCCUACCACGUGCAGCCAGCCUGCGCAAUCAUUGGAGAGGGGCUCCCUGAAGGAAUGGAUAAACUCUACGAAAUGAUCCUGAAACGCAGGAAAUCUCAGAAGCAGAAAAAGAAACGGAACUCGAGAGUGGAUGUCCACAGGCUACUGACCCUCCGAGGACAAAGGCCAACCCAGCAAAUCUCCACCCCAAGCUCACUUGAUGCCUGACCUGUAGGGGUUGCCACAGUGUAAGGCACUGC